UUUGCUCCUUUUUCUUCAUCAAUUAAAUCAAUUUUUUGCGCAAUUUUUUCCCGGACUUUUCCAUUAGAUUCCUCCAAGCUUGGCGUUGGAUCCCUAAUCAUCCGUUCGAUUCCGCUAAUCUCGAGCCAAAUCUCUUCUGUUGGGAAUAUUGGCGUCAGUUUUCCAGAUGGCAUUGCAAGAAAGCCUCAAUAAGUUUAAGCAGCAGCAGGAGAAGUGCCAAUCAACGCUUACCAGUAUUGCAGCGCGAUCAUCAUCUUCAAAAUCCUCCCACUCACACAAAGCCGCACCCGGAAACUCUUCUUCUGUUCCAGCCACAAUAAAAGCUCCUAGUGCAGCAGUGAAAUUCUCAAAUGAUACCGAAAGACUUCAACAUAUCAAUGCCAUUAGGAAAUCCCCUGUGGGCGCCCAAAUCAAACGCGUCAUUGACCUGCUUUUUGAGACAAGGCAGGCACUCACUCCGGAACAAAUAAAUGAAGCAUGCUAUGUGGACAUCAAUGGAAAUAAGGCUGUCUUUGACAGUUUGAGGAAUAACCAUAAAGUCAAUUAUGAUGGAAAGCGAUUCUCAUACAAGUCCAAGCAUGACUUGAAGGGAAAAGAUCAACUACUUUCUCUGAUACGGAAGUUUCCAGAGGGCCUUGCUGUUGUUGAUGUGAAGGAUUCUUACCCAUCUGUAAUGGAUGACUUACAGGCUCUUAAAUCAGCUGGCCAGGUUUGGCUUCUCUCCAACAUGGAUUCCCAGGAGGACAUUGUCUACCCAAACGAUCCAAAGGCAGUGAUAAAGGUAGAUGACGAUCUCAAGCAGCUCUUCAGGGGCAUUGAAUUACCAAGAGAUAUGGUUGAUAUUGAGAGGGAUCUCCAGAAGAACGGUAUGAAGCCAGCCACAAACACUGCUCAGAGACGAGCAAUGGCGCAAGUUCACGGCAUCACCGCCAAGCCGAAGCCCAAAAAGAAGCAGCGUGAGAUCAGCAGGAGGACCAAGCUAACCAAUGCUCAUCUUCCAGAGCUCUUCCAAAACUUAAAUGGGACUUCUUGAUUCUCAAUUGGUGGCCGCAUUGCCCAUCUGCCAAUAAGGUCUUAUGUUGAAACCUUGAUACAAAACCCCCAUGUGAAAGAUCGAUGAUCGGGUGUUCUGUCUGUGUCCGGCUUCAUAAAGGAUUAUAUUGAGUUGGAAUUGUGUUAUAUUCAGUGUUGUCAUAUGAAGUUAAUGUGUGAAAUUAAGAACAAAUAUUUCAUUGCUGAACUUGCUGUACUUAUCUGGGAAAGUUUUCCCCCUUUUUUUUGUUUCUGUUGCAAUAUGUAGUAAAGUUUAUGCAGAAAAUUAUUAAGAUCAAAUGAAAAAUUACUUGA